AUGUACACCCUGAAGGGUAUUUUUCCAGAGCCCAAAAAAGAACCAAAAAAGAACUUCAUAAAAGAAAACAUGAAACAAUUAAAAUUUAUACAAGGGAAGCCACCAAAAGACCCAAAGUUUAUAUUAAAGCCUGGGCAACACAGACUAACAAGCUCCUUAACAGCAUCAACUACUUUAGGUCAAGUGAAAUCCUCUCCCUCCAGUAAAAGUGGUAAAGUUACACUUAAUGUUGCCAAAACUUGUGCUUCAGGUUACCGAAGAAGGCAGGACAUUAGGAUUAAAAAAGGUGACAUGGCAGAGUUUUUAAAACGAAAAGAAUUAAGACAAGCUCAGACUAAUGAUGAUACAGAGGAUGAAGUCAAUUCAAAUGAUAGUUCAGGCCGCCUGCGGGACAUAGGUUGCCAAACUAUUGAAACCAAUCUAUCUCAGAGGCUUGAAAGUGCAAAGUUGACAAUGUUGUAUCCUAGAGAAGAAGACAGUGAAGCUAAGCUGAAGGCUAGUGGAGAUAGUGAAAGAACUAAAAGUCCUUCAUCGCUAACACUUACACCGCGAAGAGCAGGUGAUGAUUUGAUGGAUGAAAAACAUAGGAGCAAACUGAACUCGAUUUUAGAGAAAAAGGAUAAAGAUCCCUACCUUCCUUCAGGUUAUCAAAAAGGAGUGUUACCAAAAUAUCUCCGGGAGAGGAAAGAGCAAACAGCAAAAGAAUUUGAAGAUACUAAAGCUGAUGAAGACCAUAUUAUGUGUCCUCCGGGUCAUGUCACAUUGCCAGAUAAUGAGAGGAAGGAGACUUUACGGAUGCUUCGAAAUAGUUUUGCGGAGCUUGUGAGUGAAUUAAACAAAAUGCCAGUUAAAACAGACACAUUAAGGAUGAGAAACAGAAAAAUGGAGUUAGAAAAACAGCUGGCUAAGCUUGAGGAGGGUAUCAAAGUAUUUUCCAGACCUAAAGUUUUUGUCAAGAUUGGGGAGUAG